CGUAAAUCUAGGUUUAAGAGGAACAAUCUUGUGAGCUAUUCAGAUUCUUCUGAUGAGGAGCAAAAGGUUGCAGCUGAUCGAUUGAAGAGCAGCCAACCUGACAAGGAGAGAAAGAUUCCAACAUGGAGAAAAACCAUCAAAGAUGUACUGACCAGCGGUGACCUGAGUAACAAAGUCAUAACUGGGAAGGUUGUACAGAAAUCUGCUCUGCGCACAUAUGAAACCCAACAGGAGGAGAAAAAGUUUUUCUUUUAUCUGGGAGUCAGUGAUGAGACAUCCUGCAUUAAAGUGAUGGUGUACAGAAAAGAUCGCCAUCAAGAUAUCCAGGAGGGGAGCUGCUACUCGUUCAGAAAUGUAAUCAUGGAAGAGGAUCUCAUGAAAGUUACCAAACGGAGCAAAGUGGCAGAGACAGGUCCCAUUGACAUCCCUGAGGAGCUGGAGAUGGAAGCUGGGAUGCUCAUUUAUCACCAGAAGCCAGUUUGCAGCAUAGCAAAGGCCAAAGAGUAUGCUGACAAGACAGCAGUGAGUGUUGAAGGAACUGUAACAGAGAUUGGUCAUGUUGAACCCAUCAAAGUGAAGAACCAACGGAGGAAGAAAGACAAGCAGGAAUUCCAACUUAAUGAUGGCAAAGAUUCCAUCAGGAUCACCUUGUGGGGCAAAGACACUGCACAACUCAGAGGAACAUCAGAUGGAGACUUUGUCAGAGUGACCAACGUGAAGACCAAUCACUACUAUAAAACCGUCUCGCUGAACUCAACCGAUUUCACCAGAAUUUUCAAGAUUCAAAGUGCGCCCAUCCAGAAUGUGACAAUUGAGAUUAUAGGAAUCAUAAAAGCCAAUAUGAUGGAGACUCAACUGGAAGCAAGCUUCAACGACCAGGUGGAAACGCUUGUUGUGUCUUCUAAACAUCUGGCAAAGGCGUUUGGUGUCAGACUGGACGGUGAUUUUAAAAAUAGGCUAAUUGAAAAAAACUCUCUCUAUGCAAAAGUAGAAAUACAAGGAAGUACAAUCAUAAGAAUCACUGCAGCUGAAGAGAUGUGAAGUAAGGAAAAGGUCAUCUAAAUACCUUCACAUUAAGCUGGUUUAAGUCCUAUUUAUCAGACCGAUUUCAGUUUGUACAUGUUAAUGAUGAAUCCUCCGUGAAGGCAAAAGUUAGACACAGAGUUCCACAAGGUUUAAGUACUUGGACCAAAUCUAUUUACCUUGUAUAUGCUUCCUUUAGGUAAUAUUAUUAGGAAACACUCCAUAAAUUUUCAUUGUUAUGCAGAUGAUA